AUGGCGUCGUCAGAGUGGAGUGGGUGCACGUCUGCGCUCAUGCGCGCUGCUAUAAAUAAAAACUCGUGGAGAAGCGACGACGACCUGACAACAAUGGCGGCGUCUCAGUCUCUGACGCCCUGUCUCUGCACGGGGAAUGCCCAUGCGCCGUGGUGCCGAUUCGUCCGGGCACUGCUCGUGGCCACGGCGGCGGCGCUGGUGGUCGUCGUCGUCCAUGCAGACGAAGCUACGACGACGACGGCAGCAGCUGGUGGCUUCGCCGCCGCUACGAACGACCACCAGCGGCCGAAGAUCCCGGCCAUCUUCGUGUUCGGCGACUCCAUCGUCGACCCCGGCAACACCAACAACCGGUUGACGGAGGCGAGGGCCAACUUCCCUCCGUACGGGCAGGACUUCCCCGGAGGCGUCGCCACCGGGAGGUUCUCCAAUGGCUUGGUCCCUGGGGACCUCUUAGCUUCCAAGUUGGGUAUUAAGGAGCUGCUGCCUCCUUUCCUUAGUCCUGAUCUAGAACUAAAGGACCUACUCACAGGUGUGGCGUUUGCUUGUGGAGGCAGUGGCUAUGAUCCGCUCACAUCCACGCUUGCGACAACCUUGUCGAGUACCGAUCAACUUAAACUAUUUCACGACUACAAGCAGAAGCUAACAGCUUUGGUUGGAGAGAAGGAAAUGACACGAGUUAUCUCACAAGGUGUCUUCUUUACAUUAAUGGGGGCAAAUGACAUUAUAAACAAUUAUUUUCUUCUCCCUUUGAGACGCCACCAAUAUGAUCUUCCUUCAUACGUGGACUUUCUUGUCUCUUCGGCGAUUAACUUCACAAAGACUCUAAAUGAUAUGGGAGCUAAGAGGAUUGGAUUUGUUGGUGUCCCACCAUUGGGAUGUUGUCCUUCACAAAUAACACUAGGAGAAAGCACGUCACGUCAAUGCGAACUAUUAAGGAAUCAAGCAUCACAGUUAUAUAAUUCUAGAAUUUCAAAGGAAAUAAAGAGAUUGAAUGCAGAACAAAGUGCUUCUAGAUCAAAGAUUGUUUAUUUUGACAUAUACUACAACUUGCUUGAUCUUAUUCAGAAUCCAGCUUCAUACGGUUUCAAGGAUGUCAACAAAGGCUGUUGUGGUAGCACAGUGUUAAAUGCCGCCAUAUUCAUUGCAUAUCAGAGUGCAUGUCCAAAUGCAAUUGAUUAUAUUUUCUGGGACGGCUUCCAUCCUACUGAAAAGGCCUACAAAAUUGUAGUGGAUAAGCUCGUUCAGCAAGCUUCGGAGUUCCUGUUGAGGUGAAGAAAUUGUUGUUGCACGCUCUACAAUAGUUUUAAUGCUCCCAUAGAACAACCUGACCAUUUCCACAUUUCAGUGUCAUUUGCCAAAUGUACGAAACAUAUAAGAUUUACUCCUAAAACAAACCUAAUGAAAGGCUCCUCCUCUGUAUGUCCACACGGCAGUUACUAUGGACAACGUGGCAGUUACUGCUCACUCGGACAUCACUGUUCGCGUGCUAAUUAUUGUUUGCCCGCCAGUCAUUGUGCAACCUCUGCUUCAAAUACAGUUCGACACGAUUUAGGAUUGUUGUUUUACUGUUCUAAACCCCUUUUACUGCUCGUGUCACUGCUCAUGUACCUUCCUCCCAGUGCAUGCGGUGAAUUGCAUGUUCUCGGCCUAGAAAAUAUUGUGUGUCGAUGUCAACAUAUAAUUUGUAUUUUUCAGCUCAAAAUCCUUACGGCCGUGUUGUAUAGAACCACAACACAACAAGUCUGUAACUAGCUGUCACAACAAUCAGAACACCUUUAUAUUUAUAAAACCAUUUGUAGGGAAGUACCUUAUGUUAAUAUAAAAAAGUAGUAUUGUUACCAUUUUUGUGCCAGCAGAAAUUUCAUUAUUGAACACCAUGAUAGUUCAAUAUACGUUCUUGCUACGCUUACCCUAUUGGUAACCCAUGACUUUUGUGAGGUAUAAAAACGUGAGAAAUCAUCCUUUAGUAGGCCCUGUUUGGAUUCAUAUUGGUAAUAGCUAGUACUAGUUAGCAACUAAAAAGAAAAAGAAAGAGUGACUUCAAACAAGUCUUUUACUAUGGCCUUCGUUUAAAUAUAGGAUU